AUGGUGGAAAUUAGAGAAGAGAACUGCACUGCUGUGACAGAGUUCAUUCUCCUUGGAUUAACAGACGCCCCUGAGCUGAGAGUCCUUCUUUUCAUGGUGUUCCUCCUGAUCUAUGGAGUGACGGUUUUGGCCAACCUGGGCAUGAUCGCACUGAUUCAGGUCAGCUCUCGGCUUCACACUCCCAUGUAUUUUUUCCUCAGUCACUUGUCCUUUGUAGAUUUUUGCUACUCUACUAUCAUUGUGCCAAAUAUGCUGUUCAAUAUCUUAAACAAAGAUAAAACCAUAUCCUUCCUGGGAUGUAUGAUACAAUUCUACUUAUUUUGCAUUUGUGUAAUUACUGAUGUCUUCCUGCUGGCUGUGAUGGCCUAUGACCGCUUUGUGGCCAUUUGCAGCCCACUGCUGUACAUGGUCAUCAUGUCCCAGAAACUGCGAAUGGCGCUGGUUUCUAGCUGCUACCUCUGGGGGAUAGUGUGUUUUCUAAUUCACUUGUGUUUAGCUCUUGAGAUCCCAUCUUACAGAUCAAAUGUGAUUAACCACUUCUUUUGUGAUCUGCCCCCUCUCUUAUCUCUUGCUUGCUCUGAUGUCACUGUGAACGAGCUGUUGGUGUACAUUGUGGCCUCUUUCAAUGAGAUCAUCACCAUUGUGAUCAUCCUCACCUCCUACUUGUUUAUUCUCAUCACCAUUCUGAAGAUGCGCUCUGCAGAGGGAAGGCGCAAAGCGUUUUCCACCUGUGCCUCCCACCUCACAGCCAUCAUUGUUCUACAGGGAACAAUCCUUUUCACGUACUGCCGCCCCAGUUCUGGCAUCAGUGCCGAUUCUGACAAAGUGGCUUCAGUGUUUUAUACAGUAGUGAUUCCCAUGCUGAACCCCCUGAUCUACAGCUUGAGGAACAAGGAUGUGAAGGAAGCCCUCAAGAAAGUGUUGGGAUCAAAAUUGCUUUUUGAGAAGCUCUUUUCUUAG